AUGACGAGUAUCGCUAAACACGGAAUGAGAAAGCGCAAGACAAAACAACUAAGUCAAAGCUCGGGAUCGCUGGCGAAGGGCUGGAUGCGUCGAGGCGACGUACUACCGUAUCGAAUAUCGCAAAGAGCAGCCGUAACGGAAGGAUUUUAUGCGCGCUUCCUGUCAUACUUCACAUCCGAGGGUGAAGGCAAGGACAUUCGGAACCGACGUACAUGGUGGCAUAGCCUACCUUUUUUGACGACAGAUGGCACGAAUGAAGCAUUGGUAUUAGCUGUGCAAGCUACUGCAUCUGCCUACUGCGCUGUCGAAAGCGGCAAUGUAGCACUAGCACAACACUCGUGGAAGCUUUACGGAGAAGCUCUAAGAAUGCAUGGUUUAUUCGUCUCCCGACCGCAAACCAAGCAUGAAGUCACGGUACACAUGGUAUCUACGAGCGUUCUGUUCAGCUUUUUUGAAGCUAUGCAAUCGACCAACGCCGAAGCGUACCGGUCGCACAUUUACGGAGCUGUUCAGAUGCUUGAAGUGACCAAGCCGAAACAAUGCUCAGAAGGCACAUUAUGCCAGAUCUACUACCAUCUCAGGACCCAGAUGGCGUUCAUCAAUCUAACCGGUUAUGGCAGGGAGACGCCCGUUCAAGUGGACAGAAUCUUGUACGGGCCACUACAGUACAUUCGAUUGCCUCUGUUCCAGAGACUACUGAGCUGUGUUGUUGAUCUGAUAGAUAUGUACGUCGCACGAAAAAGCGGCCAGUCACGACAACUUGUUGACGCUCAAACGUACAUCAAUUUUGAGACUAGAAUAGGAGGGCUUUGGCUUCAAUAUGUUGAUGAGGCUGCGGACGCAGAUACGCUGUUCUUCUGGGAGGAUAUUUCGGCCGGGAUCAUGUACUUUCGCGACGCGUUUACCGCUCUCGUUGUCGCAUACUUCAGCGCAGCUCGCAUCCUUCUUGGUGUCAUCGCGCCACCGCUUGCGAAUCUCUCUUCGACCCUAUCCAAUCACUGCUCUUCCAUACUGCAAGCCUCGCAGUAUAUGCAGACCCAUACAGUUGGAUGCGCAUACAUGCGCAUGACUACACCUCUGUUGCUAGUCGCACUGCAUUCCCCUGAGUCUAGCCAGCGAAGGCAAGCUACCGCUUGCUUUGAAGUUUGGAUGAAGAGGUCCAUGUCCGGGAUUAGUGCACUUGCACUAAACACAAUACAUCGACAUGGCCUCGGAAAGCACCACUGGACGAACAGUCGUACCGGAACAGCCAGCGACGUCGAUCUCGAUCUCGAUACGAGAGCUGCGCUGUCAUCGGACAAAAGCACAGUCGAAGCCGUCCAGACCACCAACCAAAGCUAG